GGUCAGGUCAGGCUAGGUUAGCUUAAGUUGGGUUCGACCGGAGAGUCCGGGUCUCCAAAAUUCAAAGGAUGUCGAAGACGAUAGGGAGAAUGAAAAUGGGUAAGAAGCUGGUCGAGAAGAUCGACCACUCGUCGAAGCUGCGCGUGGAUAUUCCCGCGGGGAUGGCGUCGUCCGCGCCGCCGCUUGGAUCCCAGCUUGGACAGAGGAACAUCAACAUCGAAAACUUCUGCAAAGACUUCAAUAAGAGGACAGCCAACAUAAAGGAAGGCAUCCCUUUGCCGUGUCGCGUGAAAGUGCAUUCAGACAGAACGUAUGAUUUGGUAAUUCACGCACCGCCAACGACGUACUUCUUGAAACAGGCGGCUGGGGUACAGAAAGGAAGGAUAAGAAAAGGCGAAUUAGCUGGCAAAAUAACUCUGAAACAUUUAUACGAAAUCGCCAAGAUCAAGAUAGAAGAUCCACCCAAUGCGUUGCUGAGUCUAGAGCACAUGUGUCAGAUGUUAGUCGGCAUCGCUCGCUCAUGCGGCAUCGAGAUCGUGCGCGAGAUAGACCCGGUUGAGUACGAGCAGUUCCUGAAGGACAGGGAGGCAUCAAUCGCGGAGUAUCGCGAGCAGCUUCAAUUAGCCAAAGAGAGCAAAGUACUCAGAACGAACUAAUUUUUCUAACUAGGAUAUCUACACCUUUGUCUCCAUUGUAACUAGUGUAUAUAAUAAUAAAGAGCGAAAAUCUUACGACAAA